UGGGACUUGUAGUCCGACCGGCCCCGGGACGCCCCCUCGGAUGAAUGGGGCCCGGGCAGCGUGCGAACUACACGGCUCGUCGUCGACCCACAGCGCUGUUGGCCGCGGGCGUGAGCGGAGGCUGGCGCGAGCCGCGGGGCGUGGGGGAUGUUCGGAGCCGCGACGGGCGCGGCGGCGGCGGCGGCGCCGGAGCGGCGGCUUCCUGGGGUAGCGGUCUAGGCGGGCGCGUCCCGGGCACCGCCACCGGCCAUGCGCCCGGCCGUCGCCGUGGGCCUGGUGUUCGCCGGCUGCUGCAGUAACGUGAUCUUCCUGGAGCUCUUGGUCCGGAAACAUCCAGGAUGUGGGAACAUUGUGACGUUUGCACAGUUUCUGUUUAUCGCUGUGGAGGGCUUCCUCUUUGAGGCCGAUCUGGGAAGGAAGCCGCCGACCAUCCCAAUAAGGUAUUACGCCAUUAUGGUCACCAUGUUCUUCACCGUCAGUGUGGUCAACAACUAUGCCCUGAACCUCAACAUCGCCAUGCCCCUGCACAUGAUCUUCAGAUCCGGUUCUCUAAUCGCCAACAUGAUUCUAGGAAUUAUCAUUUUGAAGAAAAGAUACAGUAUAUUCAAAUACACCUCCAUUGCCCUGGUGUCGGUGGGGAUAUUUAUUUGCACUUUCAUGUCUGCAAAGCAAGUGACUUCCCAGACCAGCUCCGGGGAGAAGGAUGGAUUCCAAGCAUUUGCAUGGUGGUUACUAGGUAUUGGAGCACUGACUUUUGCUCUUCUGAUGUCAGCAAGGAUGGGAAUUUUCCAAGAGACUCUAUAUAAACAAUUUGGGAAGCAUUCAAAGGAAGCUUUGUUUUAUAACCAUGCCCUUCCACUUCCUGGUUUCAUCUUCUUGGCUUCUGAUAUUUAUGACCACGCAGUUCUGUUCAAUAAAUCUGAGCCCUAUCAGGUCCCGGUGGUCGGCGUGACUGUGCCCAUCCUGUGGUUCUACCUCCUCAUGAAUGUCAUCACUCAGUACGUGUGCAUCCGCGGCGUCUUCAUCCUCACCACGGAAUGCGCCUCCCUGACCGUCACCCUGGUGGUGACGCUGCGCAAGUUCCUGAGCCUCAUCUUCUCCAUCCUGUACUUCCAGAACCCCUUCACGCACUGGCACUGGCUGGGCACCUGCUUCGUCUUCGUCGGGACCCUCAUGUACACGGAGAUCUGGGACAAACUGGGGGCCGCCCGGAGCCAGCCUUGCAAGGACAGGAAGGACUGAGUGGGUGGGGAGGUGGGGAGGCGGGGGUCUCCCCCUCCGCCCCCAGCCCUGCCCUUGACCAGAAGCGUCUGCGCCCGAGCAGAGGCCAGAGCGGUGGCGGUGGUCACCCAGGGGCCGGCCUGUCCCUU